AUGACAUAUCGAUACAGCAACGCAUCGCCUGGGUUGGCUCCACCAACACGCUCUCCAGCGUUACCUCAUCCAGGGACGCCAUUAGCAACCCGGGACCUAUACACAGGUACAACACCACAGCUCCGACGAACGUCGGAUCUGCUCUCAAGAUCUCCCUCCUCAAUUUCUGGAGGACUGCGCGGUGUGCCAUUGUCACCGUCGUCAAGUGGUUUCGCGAGUCCAACCAAUAUGGAAGGCUCACUUGGAGGCACUGCAUGCCCCCCCUUGAAUGCAACUGAAUUGAUCUAUGAGAUCCAGACUGGAGAUGGGCAAAAUUUAAGACCAGAGAUCUUCGGAAGAAUUGACAAGGGAUUUUUCCAGGCAGACGGCGAUUGGACAUGUUACAGAAGAAAUUACUUCUCUCUUAACUGUUCUUACACCCUUCAACCAGCACUUCCAACUGGGACCAUCUUUCUUGCGCAGAAUGGACAUAAAGGAUAUCAGGUUUAUUCAUUUGCAAUGUCGAUAGCUGCAGUUGUGGAUGGAAGGGACGGAAAAUCCAUUGAACUCGUCCAACAUACCCCCAAACGAGACAAGGGGCCCCAGGAAAAGCCAGGUCGAGUCACGCUGGCACCACGACCUCCAGCUUUACAUGGGAUGUAUGGUGAUGGCGGGCUUGGAAGCUCUUCUCGGGGAGGGAGUCUUUAUGAUAAUCCCGGUUUCGGUCAAAAUCCGAACCAACCGCAAGUGGAGGCGACGUUUGAGCGCAUUCAAUUCAAGAAUGCUACAGCUAAUAACGGCAAACGACGAGCUGCGCAGCAGUAUUAUCAUCUCCUUAUCGAGCUAUUUGCGGAUGUAGGUCAGCAGCACCCAGAUCGCUUCGUGAAAAUCGCAUUCCGAAUGUCUGCCCCAAUGGUCGUCCGUGGUCGAUCGCCAGGUCAUUAUCAGAGUGAAAGAAGAGGAAGCAACGCCAGCACUGGACCUGGAUCUGGCGGCGCCGGAGGUGCUGGCUCAUAUACUCCAAGUGCCGGAACGUCGCGAACACCAGGCGACAUGAACAUGUCCGGUACAUCCUCAAUGCAUCCGGGCUCUAGCUACGGAAAUUCAUACGAUAACCGGUCACAUCAUUACCGGGCGCAUAUCGCCCCAUUGCAAAUUCCAAUGGAGCCAGUGCUGUCCGCUGAAGAGGCAAAGAGCAUUGAAGAAUCACCCGGCUACCUCUACUACCCUGGCCCGAUCUACGAAGGAAGCCACCACGAGGCCCGUUAUCAACUUCCCAGCAUGUCAGACUAUACUACGUCGAAGGUCAAGCAGGAGUACGGUCAAGGUGGCUACGUCCUCCCCAGCUUAGCAAGCACACAGGAUAGCUUGAACAGGCAUUGUGGGCGCUGGGAGGGAACCGCAGAAUCCAAAGGAUAUUACCCAACAUCGCUGAUCCAGCAAGAGCUGAACAUCAGCUAG